AAAGGGCUUCUUAGGUCUAGGUUGAAAACGAUUGCUGCAUUUCCACUUCUGAGGGAAAAAGGUUACCUCCCCAUACAAGAGUCUCGACUAGAAGAGCCGGUGACAGAGUUUCCACCUCUCAAAAUCAAAGACCUUCCUUUGAUCAACAGGUGUGCCUCAGAGGAUUAUAAUAAGCUAGUAGCCGGCCUGUCAAAUGGAGCCAAAGCCUCAUGUGGGCUCAUCUUUAAUACUUUUGAACACCUUGAACAACAUGCACUGGCCACAAUAAGCCAAAAGAUUUCCAAUGUUCCAAUUUUCCCAAUAGGUCCAUUUCACAAGUUUUUCCCUGCAGCCUCUUCUUCUUCUAGUGGCUUAUUAUCAGAAGACCAGAGUUGCAUUCCAUGGCUAAACACUCAAGCACCAAAGUCAGUUGUGUAUGUUAGCUUUGGGAGCCUUGCUGCAAUAAAGGAAGCUCAGUUUUUGGAGAUAGCUUGGGGGCUAGCCAACAGCAACCAGCCCUUUUUGUGGGUGGUUCGACCCGGAUUCGUCCAUGGAUCAGAACCAUUUCCCCUUGGGUUUGUUGAGAGUUUGAAUGGGAGGGGUCACAUUGUGCAAUGGGCUCCACAGAAACAAGUACUGGCUCAUCCAGCAGUUGGAGCCUUUUGGACUCGCAAUGGUUGGAAUUCUACAUUGGAGAGUGUUUGUGAGGGGGUCCCUAUGAUUUGCAUGCCAUGUUUCACUGAUCAAUUGGUGAAUGCAAGAUAUGCAAGUGAUGUUUGGAAGGUUGGGUUGCAGUUAGAAGAUGGGAUGGAGAGAUGUAUGAUUGAGAAAACAAUAAGAAAACUAAUGGUGGAGAAAGAAGGGGAAGAGAUCAGAGACAGAGCGUUAAAGCUGAUGGAGAAGGCAAAUCUUUGCUUCAAACGAGGUGGCUCGUCAUGCCAAUCCUUGGAUGGAUUGGUUAAACACAUUUUGUCAUUAGAACCAUUUGUUUUUCAAACUCAGAGUCAGUGA